AUGGCCCGUUCACAACCUCCCCGUGUUGACGGUGACUUUGUUGCCGAUACUUAUGAGUCGCAGCUCUACCAGGGCCGUUUCAACUUCGAUGGCCCCUUUGUCAUCGCCCACGUACAGCACGAGAACAACGGCUCGCCUACUUCUGGCGUCAACACUACUGCAGAUGUUGAGGCUGAGCUUCGAGCUUUCUUCCCGGCCAUCACGGAUGAUAUGGUCGCCGAGAUCAUGGAGGUUUUCCCCGAGUCUGACUACACUAGCCCUGGCUACCGCUUCGCGGACAUGGCUAAAGUAAAAGGAUAG